AUGCAGGCAAAGCUUGCGGCUGCAAAAGAAAAGUUUGGACGUGAAAUCCGUGUGUUUGAGACAUUAACAGGCUCUCCAACAUCUGAUGUUUCCAACAGUGAGGAGCCAGAUGACUUAUAUGACUUCACUGCAGAGGAUUAUUACCGAAUUUUAGCUACUAAAAAAGAAGAUAAAUUCUUAAAGACACAAAAAAUCCGAGAAAUGGAAGAGGCUGCUCAAAGGUCAAGAAUAACCAAGGCUGUGAUUAGAAUACGUUUCCCAGAUAAUCACACAUUGGAGGUUUCAUUUCAUCCAUCGGAGACAAUUCAGAUUUUAGUUGAUCUUCUCAUGAAAGUGGUUGCUCAACCAGAACUACCUUUUUUUUUGUAUACAACUCCUCCUAAGAAGGAAAUUAAAGACACGUCAUUGGAUUUUUACUCAGCUGGCUUUGUUCCUGGUGCUAUAGUGUAUUUUUCCUAUGAUAUGCUAAAAGGUUGCUCAUCUUUAUUACAGUAUGGGUUUAGUGUUUAUUGCUUAACAUAUUUCAUGGUGACAACCAAUGCUCAAUGGUUUGAUUUGUCGAUGGCUACGUCUUUGCCAGGUGAUGAUAGUGCAGCUGCAUCAGGACCCUUCCUUCGGGAGGAGGUCAUGUCUUUGAAAGGCUUGGAACUCAUAGCUGAGCAGGCUGAGCCUGCCCAAUCUGCCCCAGAACCUGAAAUAGCUAGUACCUCCAGUUCUGUUCAAGAGCGAAAGCCUGCUAACAAAAAGACUGUUAAGCCUAAGUGGUUGAAAAUGUGAUGGUGUUGACUUCGCAGGAGGAAGGGUAUCUGGGCUGAAUAUGGGAAAAAGCAUUAAGGAUAUAAAAACAUGUCCACAUUUUGAUGGCAAAUCCUUGUCUGUUGUUUAGACUGUUAUGGCUUUCAAGUUUUUGAAUGAAUGAAUAUGUAUAUACAUGUAUCAUGCACAGUUCUUUGAAAUAGGGCCAUAGUUAUUUUUUCUGUUAAAUUGCUGCAAAAUUUCUAACUCAUCUUAAAUAUUGUUGUGAUUUGACCUGGAGAACUUGGGUGCUGUUUAAAACCUGAGUUACAUAUUUGUAGUUCUGUCAGAUAGCUGUUCUAUUAUCUUCUCUUGGUGGCUACAUGAUUCUAUUAUCGCCUGGGUAGGUUGGUGGAAAUUUCAGUGUUGUAGUCCAGAAUCAUAUAUAGUGAAGCAGGGGCAACAAUGUUCAAAUAUUACAGAGC